AUGAUGCUCACUUUGUUGGUUUCUGGUCCACACCAACCAGGAAAUGAUAUUGAUGUUUAUCUGGCGCCAUUGAUUGAUGAUUUGAAACAAUUGUGGGAAGUAGGUGCUGAGAUAUAUGAUGCAUAUCACAAAGAAAAUUUCAUGCUCCGAGCUGUCUUACUUUGGACAAUCAAUGAUUUUCCUGCAUAUGGCAAUUUAUCAGGGAGCAAAGUUAAAGGGUAUUUUGCAUGUCCUGUUUGUGCUGACCAAACUUAUGCCAAAAAUUUAAAGCACAGCAGAAAAAUGUCAUAUACAGGACAUCGGAGAUUCUUACCAGACCAUCAUCCUUAUCGAAGACAGAAGAAAGCAUUUAAUGGGAAGAAUGAGUUAGGACCUACUCCCAAUAUAUUGAGUGGCUCUGAAGUCUUUGAAAGGGUGGAGAAUAUCAAUUGCGUGUGGGGUAAAAAGAGUAAGAAAUCUCAAUCAAAAGGAGCUGACGAUAAGAGUGCUUGGAAGAAGAAAUCUAUAUUCUUUGAGUUGGAGUAUUGGAAGCAUUUGCACAUUCGACAUUGUCUUGAUGUGAUGCAUAUUGAGAAGAAUGUAUGUGAAAGUUUGUUUGGGACAUUACUUAACAUUCCAGGAAAAACAAAGGAUGGAGUGAAAGCAAGAUUAGAUCUUGCAGAUAUGGGAUUGAGAAAUGAGUUGGCACCAAUGAUAGGGGAAAAAAGAACAUAUUUGCCACCUGCUUGUUAUACUCUAAGCAAGGCAGAGAAACGACAAGUCUGUGCAUUUUUUGGAGGAGUGAAAGUGCCAACAGGUUAUUCAUCAAAUGUAGCAAGUCUUUUGUCCGCUGAUGACUCGAAGCUUGUUGGUCUUAAGUCACAUGAUUGUCAUACUUUAAUGCAACAAUUGCUUCCGGUAGCCAUACGCGGUGUGUUGACAAAGCAAGUGCGGUAUGACAUUACUAGAUUGUGUUUCUUUUUCAAUGUCUUAUGUAACAAAGUUGUUGACGUUUCAAAGUUGGAAGACAUUCAAGGAGAUAUCACAACCACAUUGUGCCUGCUUGAAAAACACUUUCCUCCUUCAUUCUUUGACAUAAUGGUCCAUUUAACUAUCCAUCUUGUUCGUGAGGUAAAACUAUGUGGACCAGUGUGGUAUAGGUGGAUGUAUCCAUUUGAGAGGUUCAUGCGUGUGUUGAAAGGUUAUGUGAGAAAUCGCAACUGUCCUGAAGGAUGUAUCGCUGAAUGCUACAUUGCUGAAGAAGCUUUGGAGUUCUGCUCUGACUACUUACACAAUGUUCACACAGCAGGAUUGCCUUCUACUCAUCGCCAAGUUAAGCUAACAAAACCUCUAUCAGCUCCUCAUAUGAAAUCAAUUGACCAGAAUGAAUGGGAGCAAGCACAUCUAUACAUGCUCACAAAUGAUGACAUCGUCACUCCUUUGAUUGAGGAACAUCUUGCAGACGUGAAAAUAAUGAAUCCUAGAAAGGUGAAGAAUGGAAAAUGGUUGCAAGAUGAGCACAAUCGAACAUUUAUUUCGUGGUUGCGGAAGCGAGUUGCAAAUGUCAAUACUCACACCACACAACAAAUACCAGAAAGGUUACAGUGGUUGGCACGAGGACCUAACAAUAGAGUUUUGACGUAUGAUGCUUAUAUGAUAAAUGGUGUGACAUUUCAUACGAAGGCACGUGAUAACAUACGAGCUGUUCAAAACUCUGGAGUAAGUUUGGUAGCAAAAACAAUGCAAGUGGCAAGUGCAAAGGAUAGCAAUCCUAUUGUGUCAGACAUGACUUUUUAUGGAGUUAUAGAUGAAAUAUGGGAGAUAGAUUAUAAUAUUUUUCGAGAAGUAAUGUUCAAGUGUAGUUGGGUGGAGAAUAAUAAUGGCAUUAGAGUUGAUGACUUCGGGUUUACAUUGGUAAAUCUCAAUAGAAUUGGAUUCAAAUCCGAUUCUUUUAUCUUGGGGAGUCAAGCAAGACAAGUGUUUUAUGUGGAAGACACUCAAAAUUCUGGAUGGUCUGUAGCGCUCUCUGUUCCUUGUGUAGCAUACACUGAAGAAAUUGAGGAUGAUGAUGUCAGUCAUUUUGCUAUUCACCAUCAACAUUUUAGCAAUGGACUGCCACAGAUAGAUGUCACUAAUGAAACUGAUCUACCAUAUGUUCGUGUAGAUUGUGAUGGAAUUUGGGUUGACAACGCAAAAUCAUAA